AUGUUUUCAAUAUAAAUAGGCUUAAUAACAGCACUAUUCUUUUAGAAUUCAAUCUAAACUAAUAGAAUCCGCAGUCAUCCAAAUUAAACAUUUACGGUAAAUGAGGAAUCUCUGGAAUUCUAAUUUUCUACUUAAGAGGCUCAUGUGAAAUUACUAAGCAAUCCUGCAAUAUAUGACAUUAUUGUUUAUAGAAAUGAUUCAAAUUCAUUAGGUGCUUACAUUGAAACACCCUUCCUUAGUUUGGACAAUCAAUACCUGGAUGAUUAAUAAUUAGACAAUGAUUGCAUAGGUUUGCCUAAACAUCCUAAGUUGACUGAAAUAUUUAGUGUUAAUUUAUUGGAUAAUACUGAAGAUAUUUACUAUACAGACCUCUUGAUUUUGGGAUAACAAUAGAAAAUAUUUUUAUUGACAGAUGAACUAGAAUUAAAGCAGGCCAUACUGCUGUUUAAUUAAUCCCAAUCCCCACAAUGGAAUAUACAAAUUAAAAAUAUUUCUUACAAUCUUUAAACCUUGAUUUCUGAGCAAGUCAACUACACAAAUGCCUAUUUUGCACACUUCCAGAGUGAUCAAGAUCGCUGUCUGAUUCUAUCGAACUAUGGAGGAUUUUGGUUGAAUACUAAUUCUGAAAUAGAGAAGCCCAAUUUAAAUCUAGAACCAGUGAUAAACAAAAGAUAAGAUCUCAAUAAAGUAAGUCUUUUCGAAGAAUAUCUUGCUAUUGCAAAUGGCAUUGCUGGAGUCGAUCUCUAUUAAUAUAUCAAUAAGCAGCUAAUCUAUUUACUCACAAUCUCAGCAGAACAAUUAAAUUAAACAGCAGUCAACAUUAUAUCUGUAAAACUAUCUUAAGAAAGGAUAAGCAUCUUAGAUGAGCAUACAGGAUUGUACAUCUUUAAAAUACAAAAUGGACAACUAUCCUUAGAUCUCACAAUAUCCUAAUCAAGAUGUGUUGCCUUUGAUCAUUAUUAGAACACUUACUUGGUUGUGGCUGAAACUCCAAAUAAUAUAGAGUACAUGAUGGAGAUAUUCCUCCUACCUGACUCAAAGGAAUACUAUAUAAAUAGAAUAUAUGUUGAUGAUUUCUCUUUUAGAGAUAUUUAAAUUGAUGAAGACUAUGCAAUCAUUAUUGGCGAAGAUGUCCAUUUGGUACUUAGACAUUCCAUUUUCAAUGGUUUCAUGAGGAAUAACACAGAUUUAGUAAAAACAUUCUUUGAAGAUGAAUUAAUUAGAUUCCAAUAUUUUGAUAUGAAUGAAUCCAUUAGGACCUAAUUUAUGGAAACAUCCUAUUAUAUAGGUCUCUCUAAAGGAUCUUUGCAUAUUUGGAAAUUUAAUGAUUACAACCCAGUUAUUAUUUGUAAAUUCUAAUAUGGAAGAGAGUAAAAUUACACCCUCAAAGCCAAUACUUCAAGAUGUGAAGGACAUCAGAUUACAGAUUUAUUUGAAUAAUGUCAAAUCACAUAAUAAUUAUCAAUCUAAGCUUCAGGACCUCUUUUGGAAUCGGAUUCAAAUUACCUGAUUAUUGGGGUUUGUGUUUCAGUUGCAGUAAUUCUCGUAAUCAUCGUCUUCAUUUUGUGUAGAAAAGGUAGAGCACUAGCUAAGAGAAUAUAAGAAUUAAAGUAACAAGCUGAAGAAAUGAAAAAAUAUGGGGCAUUUUAAGAAUAAGAACAACAAUCUGCUGAACAUUGAACAUUUAAUUGUUAGCAAUUAUAGAUUUUAUGUUUUAA